AAGAAAAACUGUUUUGUUCAGAAUUAAUAUAAAAAUUUUUGAUGCUAUGAGAUGGUCUCAUCAAUGUGCAACAAUUGAACUGGAUUUCCAACUUCCUGAGAGAUUCAACCUCACGCUAGCUAUUGUAGGUUCAGUUGAAAAAAUGAUUGCUAUUCCUUCUGAAAGCUUUGGUGGAAAAUGGAUUUUAUGGCUUUCUCCCCAUCAAGUUCUAGUAAUUCCUGUCAGUAGUAAAUAUGAUGAUUAUGCCGAACCGGUAAAUUUAAUUUGGCAACUUUUCAAACGAAGUUUGUGGAUUUGGGUCAUCCUCCAGUUGGAUGUUGCUCUCUAACUAUACCUAAUUUAUUUGGUCAUUCACAGGUACACGUGACUUGUUUAUAUUAAACGGAGGCCUGGGCACUAGGUCAUAUUUUGCCAUGUUAUGUAUUUGAGUUGUAUCCACGCCUAUUGAUCACUUUAUAUAAACAUUAAAAUGUUUUCUUUUCUUGAA